AUGAGUUGGUGCGAUUCGGCGGCGAAGACAGGGAAAAAUAUAGCGGUGUGGUGGGACAUGAAGGACUGUCCGGUUCCAGAGGGUAUUGAUGCUCAUCGUGUCCGUCCGAGUAUAGAAGGUGCCUUAAAGGAACAAGGCUACUCUGGUCCUGUCUCCAUCACAGCCUAUGGAGACCAAAAACAAACCCCUGACCGCCUGCUACGAGCUCUCUCUUCCACUGGAGUCGCGGUGGUACAUAUCAGAUCUGAAAGCACGUGCGCAGUCAUGUACAAGGAUAUGGUGAAAUGGCGAGAGGAUAAUCCUCCUCCGGCUACAAUGAUGAUCAUAACCAAUCAGAUGCUAGAUGUCUUCCAUUGGGAUCUGGCCCGGCUUCAACAACGCACGAGUUACGACCUUUUUCUGGCUUAUUCAGUCGAACCUCUCGCCCGAUUGUUCGUGUACACUCGCAAAAAUUGGCUCUGGAAAAAUAUAUUACUUGGGACGACUGCGUCCGUGACAAGCAGCAGCAGCGAUGCCGUGUUUUAUUGCAAAUAG